AUGAGUAGAAAUGUAGAUAAGGCCAACUCAGUUCUGGUACGAUUUCAAGAGCAGCAAGCAGAGUCGGCAGGUGGAUACAAGGAUUAUUCACGUUACCAGAGGCCCAGGAACGUGUCUAAGGUAAAAUCCAUAAAAGAGGCCAACGAAUGGAAGCGACAAGUAAGUAAAGAGAUAAAACAAAAAAGCACAAGAAUAUAUGAUCCGUCUUUAAAUGAAAUGCAGAUUGCGGAACUUAACGACGAACUUAAUAAUCUUUUCAAAGAAUGGAAGAGAUGGCAGUGGCACAUUGACCAUACACUUAUGGAAAAAAAAACCAAGAGGAAAAGGUUAGAAGACAGUCAUGUGCUGAUGAAUUCAGGAAAGCUGAUAAAUGGUAAGAGAUAUUUUGGAAGAGCCCUGGAAUUGCCUGAAGUAAAAGAAUGGCUCAAGCAGUCUCAAAGGCAGAAUGAUGGGGGUUCUAUAAACACCAAAUGCAUACCGAAGGAUAGAAAUGAUUUUUAUUACCAUGGCAAAGUCACAGCCGCCUUAACCGAAUUUGAGGCUAACUGGACAUCCAUUUUGAAAGCACAUUAUAAUGUGCCUGUGAAUGAAGAUGAAGAAGAAAUGUCAAGGCAGACACAAGAAAUCCAUGUACCAACUCUGGCAGAUAUGGAGCAUUGGUUAGUGCAAAGAAGAAAAAAGAAACUAAUGGAUGAACUUAACCUUUAG